CUGGUCCCAGUAGUCACAUGACGAGAGGGAAGCCUGGGUCCGGAUGAGCAGAAACGUCUCUACUAAACAUUUUUCUAAUGCCAGUUUUAUCAAGCUGACAUGGCAGGCUGAGCUUGUUUGAACCAUGUCGCUCCAAGCUUCUCGCAUGUCAGUGUUCACCUUUCAGUCUGCAGUGCACAGCGCUAAUGUUCUCCAGAGUCUGGAUGAGCAGAGGCGGCGGGAUGUCCUGUGUGAUGUGACGGUGUUGGUUGAAAGCAGGAGUUUCCGGGCCCACUGCUCUGUCUUAGCUUCCUGCAGUGAAUACUUUCAGAGCAGGGUUACAAAUGUCACCAGACAGAACACCGUCAUCUGCUUGCCUGAUGAGGUGACUGUUGAAGGGUUUGAACCUUUGCUUCAAUUUGCCUACACAUCUAAGCUGCCCUUCACGAAAGAAAACAUUCAUGCCAUUCACCGCAGUGCUGAGAUUCUAGGAUUUAAUGACUUGGAGUCCUCAUGCUUUGAUUUCCUCAUCCCAAAGUUUACUGCAGGUAAUAGAGCCUCUCCAGAGGUCAGGCAGAGGGCCUGUUGUCUGAAUCGGGAACCCAGUGCCAGUUUUAGCCCCCGUGUAGAGAGCAGCCAACCAAAAUCAUUUGAGUCACACAGCUCACUGCCUUCAAGAGGUGAUGAACAAACAGAUUUCCCAUCACAGUGUCCUCAGAGAGCACAGGGUCAGAUGCACAGUGCGGAAGAACCCUUCUGUUUGGAGAAUUGUGGGCCACAAAUGGCCCCCUUAUCUUUCUUAACAGAAAAUGCUGUGUGCCCCAUGUUGUCUUUGCCAUGCCCAGCUGCCGACAAAGCAGAUCACCCCACUCAGUUCUGCGAAAGAGACAUUUUAGGGAUGGGAGAUGUGUGUAAUCAAAGUGAGUUGAGUUUAGCAGACUGUGGCUUACCCUGUGAGCUGUCCGCCCCGGGGGAAGUGAGUCAGCCAGAACUCAUUGAGCCAGCAGGUGAUGUUAAGCAGAGUGUCGAGACGCUUGUUGCUGAAACCGACUGCAACCCCAGUUCCUGUCCACUUAACACAUCAGGCGCGGAAGAUUGCAGUGAGUUAAUAGGGCAGAGUCAGGCUGGUUUUGUACAGAAAAUAGAAGGUGAUCUCUCAGACCCGGCAGUAACUGAUUCAAACCACGAAGAGGGAAUUGGGGAGAGGAGCAGCGUUGAGAGGGAGGUGGCUGAACAUCUGGCUAAGGGGUUCUGGUCUGACAUAUGUCCAUCUCAAGCUCAACCACUGCCCUUGGAAGCCAUUGACCAAAACCAUCUGUCAAAAGCAUCAGACUUCCAUUGGCUCAAGCAGCUGGACCUGAGCUCCAGUGUAGGAGACUGCCCCUUCCUCAGGGACUUUGGGACAGGUGAUGACCCAGCCCCCCCCACCGACAGCCUGUCUCAGUCAGAGAAGAGCCCCUACAUGUCCUCGCUCAACUCUGGGGACGACUCAGACCUGGACACAGACGGAGAUACUGAGGCUAACAACAAACGAGCAGCAGAGAUUCAGCUUCCAUUCCCAGUGGAGCAGAUCUCAGCGUUGAGUCGGAGUGCCUUCCAGCAGCUUCUAAGACAACAUCAACUGACUCAUGAUCAGAUGGAGUUUGUCCAUGACGUCCGUCGACGAAGCAAAAACCGUGUGGCUGCUCAGCGCUGCCGAAAGAGGAAACUAGACGGCAUACACCAUCUAGAAAUUGACGUAAAAAAAUUAAAAAGUCAGAAAGAGCGACUGCUGCAGGAGCGUACUGAGCUGCAGCAGAACCUGGACGAGACGCGGCAGAGCCUGUGCGGGUUGUUUAAGAUUGUCAGCCUGGAGUCUGGCUCUGAUCAGGACCAUCUGCAGCUUCUCACCAAGGUCUCUUUACCAGACGCCCCCGUCUCCUCCCCUAGCUAUCUGGGGAAAGUAGAGGAGUACCAGAUCCCUAUCGAAAUGGUAAGUUGUUCUUCAGAGUGUGACCCAAGCAAGCCGCCCGCAGGCUCUGAGCAAAGUGCUGCUCCAGAUGCUGGCACUCAGACAGAGGAGGCCGGUUCUCCCCACAGCUGCCCUGCUCCCACUGCUCUGUAUGUCUGUAUGGACAUCAACAACAGCUUAUAAUCGGACUUCUAUUGUCAUCUCUAAUCAUGCAGGAUCAUGGAGCAGGGGGUGGACUCUUGAGUAUAUACUGUAAGCCCCCUUUGCGAUAUAUAUGCUUUCAUGUUUAAUUCACUGAAUGAUGUUCUGCCUGAUGUAGGUAUUUAAUGUGACAUUCAGAGAUGUCACUUUUAUUUUUACUGUACUUCCAUUAUGCAUUUCAUUGUAGUUAGAAAAUAAUCAUUUAUAGUGAUUUUAAAAGUGCAAACAAGGUUCAGGUUUUUCCUGAAUGUUUCCAUUCCUUAAAAUGUUCCUGUUUUUCUCAGGGAAACUCAUACCCUGACACUGUUUUGAUGCUUCAAAUAUUUCUCAUUGCACAUCCAUCUCAUACAUCUCAUGAGUCAUUAUAAUCUGAACACAUUUUGUAUUAUUCUAGCAUCAUGCUGUUUCUCUGCAAUAUGUACAGCACUAACAGGUUGUUUCCUACAGUAAACUACAACAAGUUAUUACAGCUAACACAAGUUCAGCAUUAUUUGAAUAUGCCAGUACAUAGUUUGAAUGAAUAACGGUCAGCUUCCCCGAUAUUUGAGGAAUAGUUCCUGUGACUUGGCAACUGUUACAGGGGAACAUAGCAACUCAUUGAUGCAAAAUGUGCCUUAUGCAGUAUUAUAGUAUGAAUACAGAACGGCAAUCUUUGUAUAUCUUUCUCUCAAGCACUGUUGCACAUUAACCAAGAGCCCAUAUUGAUGGCAUUUUCUUAUGCUAAGAUCUGUAUUCACGUUUUUUAUUGAAUGCUUCCAUUGAUUACAGAUUUGAAUAAACCACAUUUUGUUACCA